GGGAAGUACCUCUGGUGGUGCCGCAUCCUCCCAUCGCGUCGGACUCGGACUCUGACCGCUUAGUCUCUGUCCAAUAUCAGCAUAAAAGCAGCUGCAGCGACGGUGUCUUCUCCUCCGUCCUCACUCCUCCCUGUGUGCGGGACAGUUCGGCGCAGUUAGCUUACCGACUCGCCCACACAGCGGGCUUUUAAGCCGAAGGGAAACCGGCAACAAUGAACGGCAGUGCGCCCAGACUGUCGCUGGCGGAGUAUGAGUUUGAGCGGCGUUUCGACGUACGCAGUGCGCUGGAAUGGAUGCAGGAGAACUGGAGCAAGUCCUUCAUGUUCUGCGGCCUGUAUGCUGUCUUUGUAUUCGCCGGUCAGCACUUCAUGAGGGAAAGGCCAAAGCUGAACCUGCGGCGCCCACUAGUGCUGUGGUCUCUGAGCCUGGCCAUCUUCAGUAUCAUAGGAGCUUUCCGGACUGUGCACUUCAUGGGGCAUGUCCUCUCAACCAGCGGCUUCAAACGAUCUGUGUGCGACUCCAGUUUCUACAGCGGCCCCGUCACCAAAUUCUGGGCCUAUGCCUUUGCUCUUAGCAAGGCCCCUGAGCUGGGUGACACGGUGUUCAUCAUCCUCCGUAAGCAGCGCCUCAUCUUCCUGCACUGGUACCACCACAUCACCGUCCUUGUCUACUCGUGGUACUCCUACAAGGACAAGGUAGCAGGCGGCGGCUGGUUCAUGACCAUGAACUACAUGGUUCAUUCUUUGAUGUACACCUACUACGCCGCGCGGGCAGCCGGCCUGCGGGUUCCGCGCAUCUGCGCCAUGAUCAUCACGGCCACCCAGAUCCUGCAGAUGGUGAUGGGGCUGGCAGUGCUGGGCUUGGUUUACCACUGGCUUCACGAGGAGCACUGUCCGUCCAACAUGGACAACAUCACAUGGGGUGUGAUCAUGUAUUUGAGCUACCUGAUCCUGUUUGCCAUUUUCUUCUACAACUCCUACCUCAAAGACUCCUCUGGGGUCAAAGGAUCCUCAGAGGUCAAAAAAUCCAAGGCAGAGUAGCAUGUGCUGUGCUCGGCGGUCAUGUUAAAGUGUGCCAUCGGCAGACGUGUGAGAGACCAUGAACCUUAGCGUCACAACUAGUUAGCUGGUUGCUUGGUCUACCUCGUGUUAAAUCAUCCUCACCUGACCUUUUUAGCUCAAAACUCGUGAUCCAUCUGUGGGUUUAGAGCAGUCGCAGCACAGAGACUGGCUCGCUUUAAUAUGAUCUUGAGAUUAGUUAUUUUUGGGGGCAUAUGGGGGACUACUAUGUUUGUGUCUAAUACAAUAACCACCUUAUUACAUUCACAACCAGUUUUACAAAACUAAUAUGAGGGCCAAAUAUUUGUCAGAGGUGGUUAACUAGUGUUAAUAAUAUAACUAGAGGAAGCACUUAGCGAUUGCAAGGCUGCUCAGUUUCCCACAUCACCACAAGUCCAACAAUAAUAAUAACCUACAUCCUCAUGAUCGUGAAAAUCCAUCCUUUAUUUUCUGAUUUACGUCGCGUACAGUCAAAACAGACACACGUGGCCAAAAACGUAACCUCUUUGGUGGAGGACAAGACACGAACAAGUGAAUCCUUCACACACUAUAUCUUACAAGCUCCGAAGUAGAGAAAAUCUCGUUUGUAAAUAGUUUACAUAUUUUGUUCCAAUUAGUGAAAUACGCUUGUGCUCUUUUCUAGUGUGAGAUGAGUUGAUGCGUAUCUUAAGAUUAAGACUAAAAUCCGAGGGAAACGUCUGGCAUGGCUCUGUCCAAGACAACAUGUACCAACACCUCUAAGAUGAAGUGUAUACAUGCUUCUUCUUGUUAAAUCCGUCUACCAACUGUGAUGUAGAAAUAAGAAUCUGUGAUUUUAAGCAGUAAUACUUUAAUCUUUUCUGCAGUAUCUGCACAAAGGCACAAUUGUCAAAGCUGUUCAUUUAGGUGUACAGACGACAUUUUUCACUUUGCGCCGAGACGUCCUGCUGUUUCCUUCCUACUUCCAGUCUUUGUAUUAAGCUGUUCAUCGUCUUACCUAAAGAAAACAGUUAAGCUUAGUUCUCCAAAAUGUUCAACUAUUCCUUUUAAAUUGUGUACAUUUAGCCUUUAGCACAACAGUAACUGUAGGGUUUUGAAAAGGGAAUGUAGACUUCACACGCACACAUUAAAUGUUGAUAUGAUCGUGUACAGCAUCUUAGUUUCAUAGCUGUUAUUUAAAGGGAAUAUAAACAGAAAGACCAGUUUAACUCAGUAGUUAGACUUUAAAAUCGGAGUGAAAAACAUUCCUGCAAUCCAGCCAAGAGCAAAACUAAAGUGGUUUUGUGACAGUCCUGCUGUCUCUGUUUAGUUCUUUUCUUUAAAAGUAAAUCUUGCUCACUUACUGGGCACAUUCUGCUCUUUGCUGGUAGAGCCACAUACUUUAUAUAAUGGGGCCUCUCCACUCCCUCAGGUCACUAUAAUUAAAGAAAGGAUGCCCUUAAUCUUCUGAUUGUACCCAUGUACUUAUUGAUGAAAAGAACAACAGAGAAGGAGCGCUUUGCGCGGUUAUUUAAACCACUUAUUCUACACUUAAUCAUAGCGCUAGCUUAAUAAAACAUUAGACUGGAGUUGUUUCUGGUCAUUGUCUGGUAUCCGGAAAACCCCUGAGGACGCCAAGACCCCGAGUGAACUUUUAGGGAAUAUAAUGGAAUUACAAAUUCAAAUUCAUUUAGUCACAACUGACAUAAUCUUAGUUUUGGGCCCAUUAUCACAGGUUGGGAGUAUAAUUUCAGGCAAAGAUUGUCAGUCAAAAAAUGACUUAUGUAAAGAUGAGGUGAACACAUUGAUUUUAUGGUUGAACUAGACUAAUAUUGGCACAGGAAACAUCUUUUUUUGUGCUAAUGAUCUGAAUAAACCCAAACCAACAUACUGAACAGUCCCGCAUGGUGGAUCAGAUGACGUGGUACAAAAGAUUCAGUGACAUGUCUGCAUGAUUUAAUAAGCUUCACACACGUUGAGUAACAGGGCUGCCGUGAACACAAAGGCCGCAUUUCGGCGAGCCGCUUAAAAGCCACAUGUGCAGCAGUGUGUCCGUUGUACAUAAGAGUCUAUUUAUUUUGUUGAUGUGUAAUAUUUCUCCAGCAGAUCUGAAGUGGUAGAUAUAGUCGUAGGACUGUGCAGUGAAUCCCGCUGCGCUUCGCUCGGUUCCAUCCAGAUGUCGUGUCUGUGCAUUUUUACACUACAUUCCGACACCCUUUUGCAGACAGACUCGGAAGCCAUUCAUUCUUAAGAUGUACACACACUAUUGGGUGGGGUGGUUUAUAUUGUGACAUAUUGUACUUUUUUUCUUCUUUUUUUUUUGUCUUUUCUGUCCACCAUGCUCAUUGUCAAAUGUACAGGGCUGGGCAUCACAACUGAUUUUUUAAAUCUAUUCCAAUUUAUAAGGUCCAGAUUGAUUUAAUUUGAAUGCAACAUUUUCAUGUUUAAGAAGGAGAUCUUAAAAAAACAAAAAAAUUAAAAAUGAAUAUCUACAUUGGAAAUUGACCCCAAAGCAGUUACAUGAAUGCACUUAUUACUUAAUAAGACCGCACACUGCAGCUCUACUGCACACUGGUAUAGGUGAUCAUUCUAACUUCAACCUAAUAACCCAAUUUGUCCAUCGGAGGGCGCUGUGAGCACAUCUUGUCCUGUGUCCAUGCCCUUUUGCUCAUCAGAGGAAAACGACAGUAAUGUUAAGUUUUGUAUUAAGGAUGGAGCGUGGUAUGAAAGUAUAUUAAGAGAUCGAUGGAAUGAUUUUAUGAUUUGAUAUAUGAGGUUGAAACGAUUUGGGGAAAUCAAUUGUUUUGAACCCAGCCCGCCUCCGAUGAAAUGUGAAUAUCACUGCAGUUUACUAACUCGCACUGAAAGGGAUAUUUAGUGGGAACGAAUUGAGUUUUUCCUUCUUCCCACUGCCGUAUCUAACCACUAUCACUGUGUCCAGUCUGUAGCAGCUUCUAGAGCUGAGCUCAUCCCGUGUUUGUCAGUCAUGUAGCUAAAACUUCUGCAGCUGAAGGUUAAUCUCUUUCCCUCAUCGUAUGUGCGAACAAAGGGUUUUGAUAAUGCAGUGGUUUCAUGCCUUGCAUCAAGGAUUCCCUCUGGAUUAUCUGAACCACUGUUCUCCACGUGUUGCCGGGGCAGCCUGAAGACAUUUUUACUGUGAAACAGCUCAGAACACUGUUCAGUCAAAGCUAAAUGUCAUGUCUCUGAUGAGGACGUAAGAGCCAAUGGGCCGACUUGUUGUAACACUGUUAAACUUUGGAGGGGACAUUUGAGUGCCAAACAGAGCUUCUGUUUCUUUCUUUUAAAAAAACAAAACUAAAGUGUGAGCAGACUCUUGUUGGUCUGUGCAGUUGUCUUCAUGCUGUGGAUUCUGUUGUCUGAAGGGGAAAAACCAUUAAAGGGCUUGUGAUGUUGAAAUGUUACAAUAAAUCCCUCCUGAUUUUGA